UUCAACCAAGUACCCCGAUGAUGCCUGUAUAGCAUGAUGCAGGGCUAAGCCUGAGCCUCCGAUGGAUGUGGGCGGACUUACAAUGGGAUCAUCCCCUCCUCUUGUCUUAGUAGUGCAGUCAGGAGCUGCUCUAUCCAUUCAGCAUCAGCUCCCAACAUCUGCAGUAAGAGGAAUGAGGGGAAUUUCCAUAGACAUGAUCUGCUGAGAGGGCCGUCGGGGAGAGAGGAUGGUCGGUGGCUCUGGCUCCUGGGAACGCCACUGUCUGGGAUGUAUCCAGAAGUCCGGCUGCAGUUUGACAAUCUGAAGUGCACGUCAACUGGGGUAACUUGUGAGACUUUGCUGACCGUCACCCCAGCUGGAAUGGCUGAAUGAAGGCAGAAGAGAUGAAAUCAGGGACAAUGUCAGGUUGGAGGGGACACUUGAUGUGUGACAGGAAAUAAAACCGAGACACUGAAAGAUUGCCCUACACCUCCGAAAGGACAUCUGCUGCCUCACCUUCUUGCCAAGGUUCAAGGUUGGAUAUUAAAUUAAACAUGAGGUGGCAACACGUACUUCUACUGGUGGUCUACUUAGAUCCCUUUGGCCUCAUUUAUGAAUGCCAAGCUGCAGCGAAGGCAAAAGGUAACAAAACUCAAGGUCCACCUAAGAGAGCAGGCAACCCCAAAGUGAAGGAACUAAACACCACGGCUGUGCCCCUACAGGUCACCACCAGGAAGGUGAAGAGCCCAGUUGUACUGCCAUAUGACAGAUGUUUAGGCUAUUAUGACGUCAGUGGCCAGUGGGACAAAGAGUUUGACUGUAACCACACCACCCAUCCGUACUGCUGCGGGACAUGUUCUUUACGGUACUGCUGUGAACAGCGAGGCAAAAGACUGGAUCAAAUUGCUUGCAAGAAGUGGAUCUGGGUCGUGACCACCAGACCAAAUAACGUCAUGGUAGAGGUGGACGCUUACGACCCCCUCAACGACAAAACCAACACCACUGUCUUCAUCACCUGUGGGGUAAUCACCUUCAUCUUUGUUGUGGGAGUUGUUGCUAAAGUGGCUUAUGACAAAGCAAGACGCCCACCUCGGGAAAUGAACAUCCACAGGGCCCUUGCGGACAUUUUGAUACAACAGGGGCCGAUCCCCAUCCCGCACUGUGAACGAGAGACCAUCCCAGCUGUCGAUAACUCUCCCAAGGAGAACACACCAGUCCGGACCUCGAAGAACCAGUACACGCCGGUACGGACCACCAAGACAGGAACAGGACACUACGGAAAAGACAUCUACCGGAGCGGAGGGCCUGACCUACAUAACUUCAUCUCGUCUGGCUUUGUGACCCUGGGACGAGGACAUCUUAAGGGCGACCAUCAACAAAAUUACAAUCACCUCGUGCUCAACAACUCGGCCCAGACGCCGACAAAUGAGAUCCAAUCCCGGGAGGGGCAGGUGCUGCGUGUAAUUGAGCGCACAUUCCUGUGGGAGGACGCGGCUGCGGCUGGACAUGGUUACACUGAGACCCGAAUGUGCGCAUCCUUGCGGGUCCGGGGUGCCUGCACUUGGACGCACACUGUCUGCGCUCAGGUGGGGCACCUGGAAAAAGGAAGGCAAAGCCAAAACUUCUCCCGCUCCUUCCAGAACCUCUCCCACCUGCCGCCGUCCUACGAAUCCGCCACGAAGACCAAUCCAAGUAAAUAUUCCUCUCUGAAGCGUUUAAUUGAUAAGGAGGCCGAUGACUAUUAUAUGAGAAGGCGACACCUCCCGGAUCUGGCCGCGCGGGGGACGCUUCCGCUGAACGUCAUCAAAAUGACUCAGGACCAGUCGAACUACAGAGAGCGGCCCAGGAGGCCCGUGCGCGCCAUGUCUCAGGACAGGGUCUUGUCCCCGGAGAAGAACAUGCCCGAGGAAGGGUACGGCUUGCCCUACGACCGCAUCUUGUCCGACGAGCAGCUUUUGUCUGCCGAACGUCUGCACUCUCAGGAUCCCCUGCUCUCCCCGGACAAGGCCAUGACCCUGAAGAGGUCCGAGUUCCAGUCCGAGAAGUCCAUGUCAAGAGCCAUUUCUCAAACCGAUGUCUUUGUUUCCACGCCAGUACUGGAUCGUUACCGGAUGACAAAGAUGCACUCCCAUCCCAGUGCCUCAAAUAACUUGUAUAACACGCUGGGCGUCAACCAGACGGCCGCCAAGCGUCAAGCCUUUGCUUCCCGGAGGCACAACACGGUCGAACAACUGCACUAUAUUCCAGGGCAUCACCAACAGUACCGCACAGCUAGCAAAACAGAAGUGACUGUUUGAUAAAAAAACUUAACAAAAAAAAAGAUUAAAAAUGAAAA